AUGUCGAUCCUGAACGCGGACAUAACGCAUAUCCUUAUCAACGAUCUGUUGUCCAGUAACGAAAGUGCACCAUCUGCGCUGCUCAACCUUGCCAGCACAACUCGAUCUUUCCGCGAGUCGUGCCUCCCCUUCCUCUUUUCUGAGGUGCGGUGGCCUCAUAAAUCCAAGGGUGACAAGGAAUCCGGCCUUCAUUUCUUCCCUGAGGGCCUCUGGCCCUACAUCAGGCAUUUUCAGUUGGAAUGGCCUGACGAAUGGACGGAACCCACCCGCCUCAAGUGGGGAACGCUGGACAUAGAUGGUAAUUAUAUCCCUCACGACCUGGGCAAAUUAAAUUCGGCGAUCGCAGACAUGCCCAAGCUGUCGAAGGUGUCAUUAAGGUGCCCCUUCAUCAUACCUCGAUCCCUCUCUCAAUCCCUGGGUCUCUCGCGAUCCCUCAGCAUCAUCACCUUCGUCGACACGCCGCUUCAAAUAGGUAUAACGUCUAUCUCCCCCGCUGUGCUCAAGCAGAUUUCCUUCACGCCUGUUGGGCAGAUACUUCGCAUCGGUGAUGGACCGACAGACCCAAAGUUCGCUGACAUCUCGUACUUCAUUCGGGAUUGGAGGAGGAAGUAUCGCUCGCAUCCCACCUUGAGGCAAAUGCAAGAAACGCAAGCCUCCCUAGCAUUUGUCAAGAUGAACGUGGCACACCUCACGCAUCUCGAGCUGUCCGGUAGUAUAUGCUCUUUCGGUGCUCUAUCCAGAAUAGAUUGGCCGUGUUUACAAACCUUUGCGCUCACCGGUCAUGCUCCAGUAACACAGCCCUACGAACUUCCAGCGCAUGUGCAGCUUUUCAGCGUCCUUACACGCAUGGGUGCAUUGCGGGAUCUGCGACUCCUCUUCGCGCAAAGCAAAGCGCAGGAGUUCCACAUCCUUGGGCGCGAUGAUCCUCCCGAUCCGGCACACACUGCAAAGCUCUCCACUUUGACCGACUUCGCCAUAUCCAACGCUUGCAAUCUUGAUGGAGUUCUCAAUCACAUGUCAUCUCUGGAGCGGCUAGCCAUUCUCGCAAUCGUAGAGCUUCCACGCUGGCCCAUUGCACUUGGCCAAGCAGAAGUUGACCGCGUGCUCACGGACAUUGCCGCGAGCGGUUGUGAGCUCAAGCAUUUGCGCGUUAUCAUCGAAGACAAGCUCACACCCGAAGUGUGUUGGUCCAUCUCCUCCAACUGCCCUCACCUUCAGAUACUAGAGAUCGAGCGAUGUGGUUACCACGAUGGUAAAUCAGUAUCGGGCUGGCAAGAGUUCCUCGAACCCCUAUCCACUCUGUCUUCCCUCCGAGACUUGCGCAUCUGCAUGCAAUUCCCAGAGUAUGAUGAUGUCGAUGAAUUGGAGUCUUGGCGUACAGUGCGCAAAGAUGGCGCCAAGGCCCUUGCGAUGGGGCUCAAAUUGCUUGGCAAAGUCGGGUUUGAGUAUAGGAAACGCACAGGGACUCAUCGUUACCAGGAUGCGUGGCUGGAUUUCGAGGUCAGUCGGAGGAAAGGAGGGGAUGUUGAGCUGUAUCAGCUGCCAGCUAUGUGGUACGCGUUCCCCGAGGUGUGGGAGUCGUCGCGGUCGCCGUUCUGA